CCAAGUAAAAUUUCCUUAUGAAAAUUUGUGAGCAUGUUUUUCAUCAAGUGUAGGUUAUGUCCACAUAAUUUCGGUUUAAAAUUCAUUUAGGAUAUCAACUUAAAAUAUGCAUAAAAUGCAGUGUUUACAAUAAUUUAUUUAAUUGACUUCUAUACCAAAUUUUAAUCUGAAAUUAUAUGUAUAUAAUCUAAUCUUCAUAAAUAACAUGCUUAUAAAUUUUCAUAAAAAAAUUCAUCCCAAAAUCCCAAAGCACCUCCAAAAACGCGACUCGAAAAAUUAUUAAUUUAUUUAAGACUUAAAAAUCGGCUUAUUCGCGCCUUAACGACUUGACGAAGUAAACCCGGGCCCAAAUAUCAUAGACGUUCGUUGCUGAUCGGAAGAAGGAGAGAAGAUCGUUCGCCGCGAUCUGUAUCGCCUAUCUCUGUUUCCUCGCGAUCUGUAACUGGAAAUACAGAAGUGACGGUGGAUAUGGCGCUUCGUAUUGCGAUCAAUAGAAGUUCUGUGAACAGCUUCAAAGUAAACAACUCAAAAGUUUUUUCCGGCUAUGUUGCAGCUGCUCACGCCACCACAUACACUUUAACAAACCACCGCAAAGAGGUUAGUAACUUUAGCACUGGUACUCACUCUUCCAUUAGGAAAUUUUCAUCUACUAUCGAUUAUGGGGUUGAGGAACUGCCGGAUUACAGCCGAUAUUGCCACCAAGUCGAAACUACUAUGGGUUUUGGGAUUGAUGUAGAUCUUGGUAACUAUUCUUCAAUAAUUCGUCCUUACAAAGGAUCAUUAGAUGAUCCUAAGGUCACAAUUCCUGCUCGAUUUGCCGUUGAUACACACAACAAAUCCAAGGGGACUCAUACCCAGUUCUUAAAUGUGGUUAAAGCAAACUAUUCUGGUAACAUGUACUAUUUGUCUUUCAAUGCAAUUGAUCCAAAUGCUGGCGGGGUCGAAAAAAGGUUCAUAGCACAAGUUCUCGUUGGCCCGAAAAACGAGAUGGAGUUGCUGCUAUUUGGGGAUGCUGAUAAUCCUCCUCAGCAAUCCAAGAAAGUGGCAUUCAAGUUUAAAUGGGAUAUGUUCUUCCCUAAUCUCUAUUAUUAUUGGCAUGACGAAGGUGAAUUUGUUCCCAAUUUUAUGACAGCAGAGGUGCUAUUGUACCCCAGAGAUUGCUACAAGUUUCAACGAAAGGGUGAUUCCAGUAAGGGUUCUAGUGUCGAUCGAGUCACUUUUGAUGAAGAUACUCCUACGACAUUUCAUAAUGGCUGGGAUGUGGACGUUUCUGACAAAAUAAAAACUAUGGGGCAUUUUGCAGUGGAACAGUACAACAAAGAAGAAGAGGAUAUGGAACUCCAUUUUGAGAGAGUAAUAAAGGCAACUCUUGAUACAUUUUUUUGUUUCCGUUAUAACCUAACGUUGGAGGCGACAGAGAAUGGUAAGAAGAAACUUUACCAGGCAUCUGUUCAGAAAAGAAAGGACAGCUUGCAUUUGCACUUAUUCAGGCCUGUUGAUGGUAUUGCAAAAGUAACUGAGAAUUGAUUUGGUUCGUUUUUCAAAUAGAGGAGGCAUGAAGGUUUGAUUUUUUAAUGGAAGGAGGGGUUUCAGGAAUGCCAUGCCGAUACAUGAGAUUUGGCCAUGAUAGAAAUAGAAUAUGUUGUUGUGCAUCUUGUGGACCUUAAUUAGGCGACAUACUACAGCUAAUAAUGGUUGGUAGUUAGAUAUUGGUCUUUCAGUUUAGGUACUGCCUUAGACCAUUUGUAGUGGUCAAGAGUCCAAAUUGUUUAAUUUGGAUCCCGUCCAUAUAAAAACAGUGUUUAGACUCCGUCAAUACCGGUUUUCCCCGCAUCCGUGCACCGUCAAUAAAGUACACUCUGCUUAUUUUUUACA